AUGUCAUCGUCAGACGAAGAAGCUGACGCUUCUGGACUCUUUUGUAUUCAUUGUAACGAGGAUGAAGUGAAGUGGAAGUGUGAUGACUGUUCCCGCGAAUUCUGUGACAAAUGUAAACGUAUACACCUGAUAGCAGACGAGGAGACCCAAAAUCACCACUUGUUUCGAUAUGGAAGUAGCCGUUCUUCCGGUCCAAGGUUGCCGGAUGUCAUACGCCAUCCUGCACGGUCUGUAAACGAAAUACGGCGACCAAGGAUAAGAUUUCAACCUACUGUUAAAUCACGUAUCGCAGAUUUUAAGCCUAGGUCGGAUUUUGUAGAAAACAGCACUAUACAACAUAUAAGGGUUGUCCCCAGGGGAAACGGCGAGGCCUGGUUAAAAUGUGGAGCUAUUUCAGAGGAAGUAGUGUUACACGACAAGGAUGGGAGCUUUGUGGACAAAGUGCAUGUGGGCGGCGUGAUCCAGGACUUUGUGGUCACAAGAAAAAGGGAGAUAAUAUUUACUAAAAUGAAUAGCAAUACCGUAUGGCUGUAUUCCAAGAGGGCCGAGAUAAAACCUUUACAUCAGUUGUAUUUCUUUCCGAACUGUUUGUGUCUCACUCCGGAGAACGACCUACUAAUCUGCGCAGCGUCGACCCAGCAAUGUCAAGGACGUCCAGUUAUGAAGCUCUCCAGAUCCUCGGAGAAAAGCGUUAUUCCAGUUGAUCAAAGAGUGAAAUUGGGUGAUAUUUAUAGCUUGGCACAGUCAGCCAAUGGAACAAUAUGCUUAGUAGAGAAAGGAGGCUGGGGUCCGGGAAGAGUUAUUGGACUUAGCAAAGAUGGUCAGCAAAUAUUUGAAUACAGAGGUUCCUCUGGUUCUCUGAAUCCUUCUGGGAUUUCAUGUGACCCUUUUGGAUUUAUCUACAUUAGUGACUGUGGUUGUCACAACGUACACGUGAUAAGUCAGUCCGGUGAAUUCCGAGCCUUCUUACUUCCGAUGGAUUCGAUUAAACUUCCGGAGGCCAUAGAUGUGGGCGAAGAUGGCGUUCUUUGGGUUGGAAAUGGACAUGGGGAAAUCAAGGUUUAUGAAUUAAAAUCUGACUCCAGCCAAUAG